ACUGAAGUUCGCCUCUAGGUACUUGUAACUGGGGUGUCAGCAAGAUGGCAACACCUUCGUUGCCUUUGGUAGUACAACUGUCCUAAAAUGACUUUGAGUAAUGCCCAAUACCACUCCCGACCUGCAAAUAGCCUUUGUUCAGCGUGCGUAUCGACCGACCUCGAGUGCACUGCGACAUGUUGCACGGAGAUUACCUUCGGGAAUCACUGCGUAUGCCCUGUCGACAUCAUAGGACCGACAUGCACUCUUUGGAACACAUUUCAUUGUACGCCCACCCUCCUGUCACCUAAGCUAACAAAAGCAUCUUGCGAUGGACAGCCGAGCACAACCAUCUCCGUCGCACAGGCAGACGGCAGCACAGCCGCGACGAUCGUGCCUUGUCCACAAGUCUUCAAUGUAUCGAAUGUUGUGGAUUUCAGAUUUACAUUAGCGUGUGAGCAGGACUCACCGCUAAACGUGAAGUUGAAUCGCACCAGCACAACGACCUACACUGAUGGGGAGUUCAUGUAUACAAUCGGCAACGGCGAUAAGUUUGCAUACACGCAAGCCCUUUCGUCAAAUUUUCUCUUUCGCCUCAAGUUCGCCAAUUUAUUCCGACUAUCCCCCAACGCAGCGCAAUCCUAUUAUGCGCCCAUAACGCCUAUUCCCGACGCAUUCGUGGGGAACACGACCUUGAGCAUCAGAGUCAAUUUGUCAUUGGUGCUGGACGGCCGGGAUGGUCAGGAAGGUCUUGGAGGACGCGCAACGACUGCCUCGUCACCUGAGGCUAGUGCCACUAGCAGUGCAUCAGCCAGCGCUGGCCAGUUCGCUGCUGGAGGAAGGCUGUAUUUUGAGGGUGCUCUGUACAAUCCAGGUUACGCAUCCGUCCCGGGUAUCUCCGGAAAUAAGAGCAUCCUGGGCUUCAUAGAUUUCACGUCCCCCAAACCACGUUCCUCUAACUUCUAUGCGCCGACAAAGGAAAGUCCUGCGCUAAGCAUUGCCCAGAUUGUGGGGAUCUGUAUGUGUGGCGUCGUAUUGGUAGCUGCGGUCGCUCAGUGUUGCAUCAAGGAUAAGCGUAGGCGGCAGAAAGCAGCGUAGCUGAAUGAAGUACGUACGUUCACUUAGAGUGGAAAUGGAACAUUUGCAUGUACGUUGGACAUGUACAUAUGUGAAAUCGAUUGCCUUCUGGAUCUAAGACCGCUCCACGGGA